GCAUGUUAAACAGGCUUACAUACAAACGAAAACAGUAGUUGGAUCGUGAAAAAUUCUAAAUUACGAGUUUUAACAUUUUAGGGAAUUUGAGAUCGAGGCAUAUUCUUGACUUGACAUGGCAAUGUUUAAUAAUAUUAGAAGGGGUAUUUACGGUUCCAGAAGCUUAUUUAUUGUCCCAUCUGCAAUUAGAAUUGCCAAAUCUAGCAAUGUACACGUCAGAAAACAAACAUUGCCGGUUUGUUUCGUGCACAGCGCUACGAACCCGGAGAAAACUGGUAGACGAGAUAAAUUAGAUCUUGGAUUCAACGACAAUGUUGCAGCUUUUAAAAGUAAGACAACGAUGGAGCUGAUUCGCGGACUCUUUGUCUACACAGUGUGUUCAUUUGAUUUCAUUGUCGAAAACAAUAUGAAGAUCAUGAAAGUUAUGAAAGCCGUUUUGGGCACUAAAUUAUUUACGAUGUUGAUGAAGUGGACUUUUUAUGGGCAUUUUGUUGCAGGAGAAGACCAAAUAAAGAUAGUUCCAACUUUGGAAAGAUUACGGUCGUUUGGGGUAAAACCUAUCCUCGAUUACUCAGUUGAAGAAGACCUUAGUCAAGAAGAAGCGGAAAAGCGCGAAUUAGAGUCAUCAGUCUCAGCGAUGGAAGUUAAUAAGCCUAAAGACUCUGAAAUCUUGCCACAAUAUCAUGUUGACAAAAGUUUUGCUGAUAGGCGAUUUAAAGUGCAGAGUGCAAGAACUUACUUUUACCUUAAUGAAGCACAGUGCGAACGGAAUAUGGAAACCUUCAUCAAAUGUUUAGAAGCAGUUCAAGGCGCUACUUACGGAACAGGAUUAGCUGCUGUGAAAUUAACGGCAUUAGGACGUCCUCAAUUAUUGUUACAACUUUCGGAAGUUAUUAUGCGCACACGUCAAUACAUGAUUGAUAUAGCCGGUGGAACAGGCAAUGUACUUACUCACCACAAAACAAUUCAAGAUCUCGAAAAAUAUUUUGGAGGAAUGGCAGAUAACAAAGAUGUUAAAGAAUUUUUGCAAAAAGUGAUAUCUGACAAACAGGGAAUUUUACAUCUUUUUCCGUGGUCCGGCAUCAUCAACGAAGAUUCACAAUUGAAUGAAACUUUCAGAGUACCAGAUCCAGUGACUGGACAAAUGCGUAGGUUAAUUUCACAAAUAUCUCCUAAAGAAGAAGAAAUGUUCCGGAAUAUGAUUAGAAGGUUGAAUAACAUUGUCAAGAUUGCACAAGACCUGGAUGUUAGAAUAAUGAUUGAUGCUGAGCAAACUUACUUUCAACCAGCUAUCUCAAGAAUUACUUUGGAAAUGAUGAGAAAGUACAAUACUAACAAGGCAAUUGUAUUUAACACUUAUCAAUGUUAUCUUAAGAAUGCAUUUCAAGAGGUCACAACAGAUUUGGAACAAUCAAAACGACAAAACUUUUAUUUUGGAGCAAAACUUGUUCGUGGGGCGUACAUGGAUCAAGAACGUGCUCGUGCUAUAGCAUUAGGCUAUCCAGAUCCUAUAAAUGAGAAUGUUGAAGCCACAACAAACAUGUAUCACAAAACUUUGUUAGAAUGUUUAAGACGCAUAAAGAUAUUGAAAGAUGAAAAACAAGAUCCAAAAAAAAUUUCAAUAAUGGUUGCAUCUCAUAACGAGGACACUGUGCGUUUUGCUAUUGAAAAAAUGAAGGAAAUUGGAAUACAUCCAGAGGACAAAGUCAUAUGCUUUGGUCAGCUAUUAGGAAUGCAAGAUCCUAUAACUUUCAGUUUGGGCCAAGCUGGUUAUUCUGCGUACAAAUACGUACCCUAUGGACCAGUUGAAGAAGUUUUACCUUACCUUUCCAGAAGGGCUCAAGAGAACAAAGGUAUUCUGAAGAAAAUUCAAAAAGAAAAGCGUUUGAUGAAAAAAGAAUUGAUAAGACGCAUUCUAACUGGAAAAAUCUUUUAUAAGCCAAAGGGAGACUAUUUGCCAAUAUAAAUUGUCUAUUUAAAAAUAUUACAAUGGCUUUUACGUUGUUACCCAGUCAAAUAGAAAAACUAAACUUUCCGUGCAGUUUAUUAUUACGUAAAUGUUUUUAGAAAUAAGAACUACCUAUCUCAUGCUGCUUACCUGUUAAACGCUUAUAAUUUAAUGUUUCAAUAUCUCAACUUCUUAAUUUUUACAACCAACAUCAUUGUGAUAUUAAAAUUAUUGGUACUUAAUGCUUUAUUUUUACGUUGUAAUAAACUUUUUACGCUUGUAAAUUGGUUCUAAUUCUAUGUUUUUAUAUUGUACUUAUUCUAAAAAUAAAUAUUUAUUUUUCUGUUUCAAAUAAAAUUUUUCCUAAUUAAAGUACAAAAGCAAAAAUAUUAAUUUUCGGUUCAUAUUUGAAAUAUGUAGUUUAUUAAAUUUAAUUUAAAUUAUUUAGUUAUAUUUUUUAUCUCAGUAUAAAUGUAUAAAUUUUUUCAUCCCUCUACCUUCUUUUAUCUUGCUUUUGUAACUUUACAGCCUUUUUAAAGCUCAUAAAAAGACAGAAAUAUUUUUCAGUCCUUGUGUCAAGGUGUCAUACUGUUACAAUUAAUAUUUCUAGUGAUGAUAUUAAUCAUUUUAUUUUAUCAUACAUUUAUGCUCUCAGUAAUAGAAUUCAUUUUCUUUUGUUCAAAGUAUUUUACCUAACUUUUAGUAAAAAAAUAAUUUAUUAAAUUCUAAUGUUGUCCGAAAUGUUAGUAAUAUGCAUUAAUGUUUUACAUGAAGACACAGUUCAUAUGGCUAUUGUCAAUUUACGAAGAUGAAUACUAGUUCUUACUGCUAAUCAUGUUGUGUAUAAAACCAUAAGAAAC